UAUACUCUUUCAGUACCUUCCAAUUAUUCCCCAUUUCACUCUUCCGAAUAUCCAUUGCCGCACUCCCUUAAAAUGGCACCUCAGUUUCUCUCUCUCUUCCCACUUCUGAGUUAACCAAAUUCAAACUCAAUAUACUUUUACAAUAUUCAUUAUCCAAACACAACUCACCAUGUCCACUUCUUCUCUCUUAAUAAAUCCUAUUUUCUCUUCCUCUUCAUCUACUACUACUUCUUGUUUUAUUUCAGCUCCCACAACUUUUCAUGAUUUUUCUUGCUUUUGUACUUCAAGAACAAAACCCAUUAAUCUAAUAUGCACUAAAGUCAGUUUUUUGCAGCCCAACAUUAGAGAAAGACACUUGAAGAAAAGACCAUUAAUUGCAGCUAGCAAUAGCAACAUGACAAUUAGGGAAGAAGAGGAAGAGGGACCUCCUCCUUUGCUUGACUCUGAAAUUAGUUCUAAACCUAGACGUAUUGCUAUCUUUGUUGAGCCUUCUCCUUUUGCGUAUGUAUCUGGCUAUAAAAAUCGAUUCCAGAAUUUUAUAAGAUAUCUACGUGAAAUGGGAGAUGAGGUUAUGGUUGUGACGACACAUGAAGGAGUUCCUCAAGAGUUCUAUGGAGCAAAGUUGAUUGGAUCACUAAGUUUUCCCUGCCCCUGGUACCAAAAAGUACCCCUGUCGCUUGCUCUCAGCCCAAGAAUAAUUUCAGAAGUGAAACGAUUCAAGCCUGAUAUCAUACAUGCAUCUUCUCCUGGUAUAAUGGUAUUUGGUGCUCUUAUCAUUGCAAAACUGUUAUGCGUGCCGAUAGUGAUGUCGUAUCACACGCAUGUGCCUGUAUACAUACCUAGAUAUACGUUUAGUUGGUUGGUGCAACCUAUGUGGAUGGUUUUAAAGUUUCUACAUAGAGCUGCUGAUCUUACACUGGUGCCGUCUGCUGCUAUUGCGAAGGAUCUAAAAGCUUAUAGGGUAACAACAGCUAACAAAAUACGUCUAUGGAACAAGGGUGUUGAUUCUGAGAGCUUCCACCCCCGGUAUCGGUCUCAUGAAAUGCGACUAAGACUGAGCAAUGGGGAACCUGAUAAACCAUUGAUAGUACAUGUUGGACGACUUGGAGUGGAGAAGAAUUUGGAUUUCCUCAAAAGGGUAAUGGAUAGACUUCCAGAAGCUCGCAUAGCUUUUAUUGGAGAUGGGCCAUAUAGGGAGGAAUUGGAGAAAAUGUUCUCUGGCAUGCCUGCGGUGUUCACAGGUAUGUUACUAGGGGAGGAGCUUUCUCAGGCAUAUGCCAGUGGAGAUAUUUUUGUUAUGCCUUCAGAGUCUGAGACACUUGGAUUCGUCGUUUUGGAGGCGAUGUCAUCGGGACUUCCCGUAGUGGCUGCCCGUGCUGGAGGAAUUCCAGAUAUUGUUCCUGAUGAUCAGCAGGGAAAAACAGGAUUUCUGUUUAAUCCUGGGGAUCUUGACGACUGCUUGAGCAAGUUGAAGCCACUUUUGCACGAUGCUGAAUUGAGAGGAACUAUUGGCCAGGCUGCACGUGUAGAAAUGGAGAAGUAUGAUUGGAGGGCUGCCACAAGGAAAAUUCGUAAUGAGCAAUACAAUGCAGCCAUUUGGUUCUGGAGGAAGAAGAGAGCACAGUUGCUGAGACCAUUUCAAUGGUUGGUCAAGUUUAGGCUCCAGGCACCAGAAGUCGGACUAUAGGUGAUGCAUUUCUUAGAUUUAAUGUAAAAACAUAGUAGUUGUGCAUAUGAAGGUGCAUUCCUCAUUGCUUAAACCUAGAUGUAAACUUUAAUAUAUUUGCCAGGAAAUAUGGUCUGCUGCUGCAGUUUAGAUUUGCAGUAUUGACCUAAAAUACCUAGCCUUUUCUGCUGUUAAAUAUUCUAUUCAAUCUCUGCAUAUGUAAUUCAAUUCCACAAGUAUUACUACUAGAAUUUAGUAA